UCCGCAGCAACCCUGCCCACCGUGACUGGGCUCUCUCGGGCACACGCAUGGCGCGGACGGGCCGUGAUGCUGCGCCUGUGCGCGGAUAAAUGACUUGACUCGGUGCAGUGGGGCUAUAAAGCCUGGACAGGCUUCGGACAGCUCUCACACUCACUCACACACACACACACACACACACACCCACACACUGUGGAUGUUCAACAGGCUGCACACACUCUGAAUGACUGUUUUCAUCUGGUUGGUUUUCUAUCUGUUGUUUUGGGGAGAUUUUUCAGACUAAUAACUAAAUAUUUUGAUGGAUAAAAUGUAGUCCAUUCAUUUUUUAUUUCUCUUUAUUUUAUUUUAUUUUUGGGGGAAACGAAAUCACCAGUAAAUAUUUGGGGGGGAAUCGCUCAAGCCGAUGAAUCCAGGACAUAUCUAGGAUCCCCACCAUGGAUGUGACACUGGCGGGGAUCGACCCUGCGACUCUCAGAGCUUUGUUACUGUCCUGCGUGACUCUGCUCUUCUCCCUCCACCUGUGGCGGUGGCUCGGGCAGCGCUCGGUCCCGGGACCGCCCGGUCCUCUCGCCUGGCCGCUCAUCGGCAACGCGGCGCAACUCGGCAACCUACCGCACCUGUACCUUACGCGCAUGGCACAGAAGUACGGCAACGUGUUCCAGAUCAGACUGGGCAGCCGCACCGUGGUGGUGCUGAACGGGGACUCCAUCAAGCAGGCGCUCGUCAAGCAGGGAACCGACUUCGCAGGGAGACCGGACUUCGCCUCCUUCAAGUACGUCUUCAACGGGGACAGCCUCGCCUUUGGCCCCUUCACGGACUGGUGGAAGGUGCACCGCAGAGUGGCGCAGUCCACCGUGCGCAUGUUUUCCACCGGGAACACGAACACUAAACAGACUUUCGAGCAUCACGUCCUGUGCGAGUUCAGGGAGCUGCUGCAGCUGUUCGUGGUCAAGACCAAGCAGCACCGCUUCUUCCAGCCCAUGACCUAUCUGGUGGUGUCCACGGCGAACAUCAUGAGCGCGGUGUGCUUCGGGAAGAGGUACUCCUACGAGGACGAGGAGUUUCGGCAGGUGGUGGGCAGGAACGACCAGUUCACCCGGACUGUGGGCGCAGGGAGCAUCGUGGACGUGAUGCCCUGGCUCCAGUACUUCCCCAACCCCAUCAAAACUAUGUUUGACAACUUCAAGAAGCUGAAUCUGGAGUUUGGCGUGUUUAUCCGUGAUAAAGUCAGUGAGCACAGGAAAACAAUCCAGUCGAGCAUCAUCAGGGACAUGACGGAUGCUUUUAUUGUGGCGCUGGACAAACUGGGAGAUAAGACUGAACUCACAGGAGGGAAGGACUACGUGAGUCCCACUGUGGGAGAUAUAUUUGGAGCAAGUCAAGACACUCUGUCCACAGCUCUGCAGUGGAUCAUCCUCAUACUCGUCAAGUAUCCUGAGAUGCAGCUACGUAUCCAGCAGGAGGUGGAUAAGGUGGUGGACCGCACCCGACUCCCCUCCAUCGAGGACCAGCUGCAGCUGCCCUACAUCAUGGCCUUCGUUUACGAGGUGAUGCGCUUCACCAGCUUCGUCCCCCUCACCAUCCCACACUCCACCAUCACGGACACCUCCAUCAUGGGCUACAACAUACCAAAGAACACGGUCAUCUUCAUCAACCAGUGGUCCAUCAACCACGACCCAGCCUUGUGGUCCCACCCGGAGACCUUCAACCCCCAGCGCUUCCUGGACCAGAAUGGUGCUCUGAACAAGGACCUGACCAGCAGCGUGCUCAUCUUCUCGCUGGGCAAGCGGCGCUGCAUCGGCGAGGAGCUGUCCAAGCUGCAGCUGUUCCUUUUCACCGCCCUCAUCGCCCACCAGUGCCACAUCACCGCGGACCCGGCCAGGCCGCUCAAACUAGACUACAACUAUGGUCUGACUCUGAAACCUCACGCCUUCUCCAUAGCAGUAUCUCUGCGUGGAGAUAUGUCGCUGUUAGACGAGGCUACGGGGAGCGUAAGUGCUGAGGAGGUCAAAGGCGAGCCCUCAUCAGACUCACAAAACAAAAACUGAAUAAAAUAAAAAACAUACGCAUUAAAAAUGAAGGCUGAAACAAAAAAGACUUGUGUAGACUGUGUAGCUCAUGUUUGUGGGCUGAACUGUAUUUAUAACCUAAAAUCUGAGGAUAAAUUAUUUUCCUCUAAUGUUGUUUUGGAUGUAACAUUGAGCUGAGAGUGAUUUAACAGUUGUGAUCACCGAUUACUGAUUUCUAAGUAUUGCAGUGCCAGACGGAAACAGAUGUGUUUCACAGGAGACAUGGCGUGUAGUGUAGACACGCAACGUCUCAUACAAGCAGCAGUUCACCUGGAGUGAAUCUCCUCCUACAUCAAACGCAAUCUGACAAAGCACUUAGGAAGCAUAGCAUUUUCUUUUGAUUCAUCAAGGCGGAGGACUCCAGUCAGCUGCACAUCACCAGCAAACAGCCUCAGCCUCGACGCAGGCAAACAGGCCUUACAAGUCCCAACAGCUGCAGGAACGCAAACCUUGCGAUUUUGGUGUGAAUGCCAUCGCUGAGGAAUUUAUUGGGGACUUCAUGGUGUUGUCAUGCUCUCUCUUAGCAUUUUUUUUUUGCCGUCAGAUAAAAAUAAGACCUCGAGUCUGCAAACUUUAAGCUUUUCAUGAAUCCCUUUAAUUUAGCCACCAGUUUUAUUCACUUUUUAUUCCAGAUCCUUUCAAUGCCAUUCACAACUUCUCAAAACAAACAAAAAAAAUUUGAUACUUGAAGGUUAAACAAUCAAUACUGGAGUUUUAAGAUUUCUAUGUCAGGUUAGAUGCCAGACCAGUAAGUGAAUCUACAUGAACAGGUGAAUAUGCUCAUGUCUACUAACAAACUACUUAUAUUUCUAGAUUUAUUAAAAUAUCUAUAUAAUAUAUCAUAGUUACUCAGGAGUAAGGCCUGUGAAAUUCAUCAUACUGUUUUAGCUACAAUGCUUUGUACAGUCAUAUAUUCUAAUACUUACUGUAGUCGUUGUUUGACAGGAGUGUAAAGGGUACACCAGAGCUGCUGCAAGGACUGCUCUGUUGGUGCAUGCACCUAUAUGGACAGAUGAAUAUUCUAUCACUGUUAUUUUGGCUCUUUUUUGGUUUAACUAUGUAUUUUGAGGAUGCUGUUCUCUGGAAAACCUUUUUGCCCGUAACCCAUCAUUUAAUUUCCAUACUCAAGAUGCCAGUAACCAAAUUAUUUGGUCUUCAUGUUGUUAUAUUUACAGAAACAUUCAUGCAUUUGCUGUCUCAGCGAGACUGACGCACUGACUGUAAAGUCUUGGAUUUGAGCGUUUGUUAGCUUACGACCAAAGUGAUUUGGAGCUAGAGUAUCACCCAGUAGAGUCCACACUUCUGCCAAGGCCCGAUUUCAAUUCAAAUCAAGCUGCAACAAAUUUCACACAAUCAUAGAUUCAGUCCAAUAAAUAUACCUGAUGUUAAAGAAAGUGAAAGGAUUCCUGGAUCCAUCCCCCUGAUCUGGAUCCUUCCACCAGGUUUUUGGGAAAGUUGUUUGUAUUUCUGUGUAAUCUUGCUAAAAAACAAACAAAAACAACUAACCUAAAACAGACAGGGGUGAAAACAACACCUUGGAGGAAGAUCUAACAAUGAGAGGUCUUCCCACUGGCUCUGGUCGAGGAAAUGGGAUGAGUGGUGUCGUGCGCUAACUGGACGGGGCCUGAAGUUAAGACCUGAAACACCUGAUGACCUCAGGUUGAUCACUGACGACGUGUCCAGGCUGCACCUCGAUGUGUGUCAUGGAGCCACAAGUAGUUAUUCUUCAAAAUAUCACGUGACUUCAAUAGAUCUGUUGUGAAUUAUAUGGGAAUCUAAUCCAUUUAAACACAACAUUUUGAUUUUAUGGAGUCUAAUGAAUCUACGACUCUGACAUGUUGGCCUCCUUGUUAGACAAAGUGAUAAGAUGCAAGUGUACUGGUGAACCCAGCAUGUUGACAUGGGUUACUGUACCCAAGUGUUGGCAUUCAAAUAAAGUUUAAAAGCUAAAACCCAAGAAAUACCUCACAUCCAAACUGUACACUAUCUUUACCUCAAAUUCUUCUUUUUAAAGAACUAAACUUAGAUGAGUGAAAGGUUGAAGGUGACCCAACAUUUAUUACCGCUCAGUCUGGCAUUGAGGUUCUUUAAGCUUUGGACUACACACAUAACUGCAGCUGUGAAUUUUGCUCUUCUGAGUAUUUCCUCAAGCCACUUGCCUGAAAGUUUGUUUGAAAUAUUGUAAUAAACAGACACUUUAACUAUC